GCCAGCUCAAGUUAAAAUGUAAACAUUGAAUAAAAGAGUGCUGAAUUUUGUCACUACUUUUUACCAUUUUUUAUGUACGAACACUUCAUGGCCUCUGCAAUGCGAUAUUUUGUUGGGCGAGGAAAUCGAAUUCGGACCGGCUACAUAAAACGUUUCUUCCAUGAUGAAUUUACUCAGCCAGAACGAAUUGCAGGACAUAAACAAACUGAAAAGAACCGUACAUUAGAAUUGCCCUCGGCAGGUUCUAUCGCAAACAAAUAUCAAAUAUUUCGUGAUAUAGAUGCUACUGUUAUUCUGGAUAUUGAAGAAGAGCGUCAAAGAAAAAUGCCAGUGAAAGACAGUAAUGAAUCAGUUCAUAAACUUCCCGGCGUGUAUAGUGAGCUCAAUCUGAAUCGAGGGCAGACAGAAGUGUACGACAUAGAGGAUUUGAUUACAGUUCUCCGAUUAAAUAAUGCAGGAAAUAUAUUUGUGUGCAGCGUCCCGAAGGAGAUCAAGUACGUCGACUAUAUCUGUGUAGUGACAGGAAUGAGCUUCCGGCAUAUGCGAGGGAUUGUUGAAUUUGUUCGUAAGGUAUACAAAAUGAAACGUAAACCGGAUGAAAUUAUACCCAAAAUUGAAGGUGAAAACAGUGCCGAUUGGAUGGCGAUAGAUUUGGGCAAUAUUGUGUUGCAUGUAUUUUCGGAAAAGGCUCGUGAGCAGUACAAUCUGGAAUCUCUGUGGGCUCUAGGACCAGAAUAUGACAGUAACUGCAAUGAACCAGAAGAAUCGCUAAAUGAGCUAAUUGAACGACACACUAUAUAUUUGGAUGAUUUAAAACCGCUGAAAGUUACCUGAAGAGAGCAGUACAAUCGCAAGAACAAGACUUCCAUUAAUGAGUUCGUCGAGUAGUCAAAGUUUAAAUAUAUUGGAAUUCUGACCUAAUAAAACUACAGCAUUUUAAGCACUUUUAAAACUUAUAAAUGAAAGACUACCGUUCUAAAAACAAAGCCAUAUGUAUGUAUAUGGAAAGCUACCAUUAGUUCAAAAUCUUGUGUGUCGACAUCAGUAUAUCCAAAUAUUAAAUUAACUUCACACAUCUGUUGUAGAAGCGCAAGAAAAGAUUGGGCGGGUCCACAAGCAAGCGAAACACUUGUGCGCAUUGCGAGAUUAUGAAAUUACCUUCCAGUAUUAGGAUCUCUCCAAGUUAUAGUAAAUUCCGCCGAACUAGCUUUAACGAUAUGACGAUUUGUUUGUUAAAUGUGUGCGACUUAAUCCUUGUAUCAGACCAUUAUCAGGUGUUUCUGGCAAACAAGCCGCCUAAAAAU